AUGGUAGCGACUCCGCGCUCCUCGACCUCGACGGCACCGCAGCCAUUGCAACAUGACUCCCCACAUCGCGAUCGGAGACGUCCACCGGAGUAUACGGCGGGGAGGAAGAGGGCGAUAUGGGAUCGUGUGGGUGUACAUCCUUUCCGGGGAAUCAUGAUGGACUUGAGAGCGCGCGCACCGUAUUACUGGAGUGACUGGACCGAUGCGUGGGAUUAUCGAGUUGUCCCAGCUACGGUCUACAUUUUCUUCGCAAAUUUACUUCCCGCCCUUGCGUUCUCCUUCGACAUGUACGUCCGCACCGACCGCUCCUACGGCGUCAACGAAACCCUCCUCGCUUCCGUCCUCGGCUCCGCAGUCUUCUCCAUCAUCGGCGGACAACCCCUCUGCAUCGUCGGUGUCACCGGCCCAAUCACCGUGUUCAACUACACCGUCUACGACAUCAUCACCCCACACGGUAUUCCGUUCUUCCCAUUCAUGGCGUGGAUUUGUAUCUGGAGUGCGAUCAUGCAUUGGAUAUUGGCCAUUACGAAUGCGUGUAAUGGGUUGAAGUAUGUCACGAGAUUUAGUUGUGAUAUUUUUGGGUUUUAUGUUGCGUUGAUUUAUAUUCAGAAGGGGGUGCAGGUUAUUACGGAUCAGUAUGAGACGGGGCCAGCGGAUCCUGCGGCAUACCUUUCGAUUGCGAUUGCGACAUUCGUUACGGUGUUUGGGUACAUUUGCACGCUUAUCGGCCGGGCUCCGCUUCUUUGGCGCUUCCUUCGCGUCUUCAUCAACGAUUACGGAACACCUCUCACUAUCGUCUUCUUUACUGGAUUCCCGCAUAUCGGUCACAUGCGUGCUGUGGAGCUGUUGAGACUUCCGACAAGCGGUGCAUUCGAUACUACCUCCGGCCGAGGCUGGUUCGUCCAUUUCUGGGAUAUCAGCGUGGGCCAGGUCUUCCUCGCCAUCCCUUUCGCAAUCCUCCUCACGAUCCUCUUCUACUUCGACCACAACGUCUCCUCCCUCAUCGCCCAAGGUUCGGAAUUUCCCUUGCGCAAACCUGCCGCAUUCCACUGGGAUUUCUUCCUCCUGGGCGUAACGACCUUCAUCUCCGGCAUCCUCGGUCUUCCUGCGCCCAAUGGUCUUAUCCCACAAGCACCCUUCCACACCGCAGCACUCUGUGUCACGAAACAAGUCAUCGACGAAAAGCCUGAUACUAUCACUGGUGAGGAGAGGAAGACGACCGUCAUAACCCAUGUCGUCGAACAACGCGUCUCCAACCUCGCCCAGGGAUUACUGACGCUCGGAUGCAUGUCCGGCCCCCUCCUCACAGUCCUCGGCCUCAUCCCGCAAGCCGUCCUCGCAGGCCUCUUCUGGGUCAUGGGCCUCUCCGCUCUCGAAGGCAACGGCCUAACCCUCAAACUCGUAUACCUCCUCCGCGACCGCUCCCUAACCCCGCCCUCCGACCCCCUCAACAAAUGCCGCAAACUCGCGGUCUAUGCGUUCGUGGCAUUGAUGCUCUUGGGUUUCGCAGGGACCUUUGCGAUUACGCAGACGAUUGCGGCGAUUGGGUUUCCGGUGAUUAUUAUGGCGUUGAUUCCGGUGCGGACGUGGAUUUUUCCGAGGUGGUUUACGAGUGAGGAGUUGGCGAUUCUCGAUGCUCCUACGGCUUCGGCGUUUACGAUGGAAUCGGUGGGUGGGACGCAUGGGCAGCCUGAGCCGACCAAGCCGGGCAAUUUACGGGUGGAAGGUGAUCGUGAACGCGGACGAGGACGUGAGGUUGAUGAGGAGCAAGGGAAGGCGAGCGACGACGACGAUCGCAUGCCUGGCCAUGGCUCAGCGAGCGCGGAGGGCGAUGGACAUGAAUCCUACGUCCUGCAACCCAUCACCAGCAGGAAGGGCAUUACCAGGAGGAUGAGUACAUUGAGAGACGAACGACAAAGAAGGAAUAGUGGGUCCAGAGGACGUCGAGGGAGUACCGAGCGUCGCCCGUAA